AUGUUGGGGAGAAGGCGCCUGCACAGCGGACAAAAACAGACUGGACAAGCUGAUCAGGAAGGCCUGCUCAGUGGUCGGGCUGAGCAGCAAAAGGUCCAGCAGGUGGCAGAGGCCAGAAUCCUCAACAAACUGGCCUCAAUAAUGUCUAACCCCACUCACCCACUCCACACCCUGAAGGUGAUCAAGAACAGCACCUUCAGUCAGAGACAAAUUGCACCUAUCACAGCCAUCCUUGUUCACACCCUGGUCACUUCCCGCAUCGAUUAUUGUAACUCCCUCCUCUUCGGUCUCCCCCUCAAGUCCAUCCGCAAACUCCAACUGGUCCAGAACUCUGCCGCCCGCAUCAUCACCAGAACCCCCUCCAUUAAUCACAUCACCCCUGUCCUUCAGCAGCUUCACUGGCUCCCGGUCAAAACCUGCAUCCACUUCAAGAUUCUGCUCCUCACCUUCAAGGCCCUCCACAACCUCACCCCUCCAUACAUCUUUUCAGCAGGAAAACCUUGCCCAUCAUUCAAACAAUAUCUCGACUACAGAAGCGCGAAGACUAAAGAACGCGAGGGGUUUAAUUACGGGUCGAGAGGGAAACAUAGCUACAAGAAGACUACAGAAAGGAAACCGGUCCAGAUAAACAUUGGAUUGAUGGUGUGGAUUGGAACGGAGGUAAAACCUCUAAGAGGGAAAAUGCUUCCAGUAUUUGUUGACCCAGAGAUAGCAGCACCAGAAUUGCUCAAACAAGCUGUCCAGAAGAUGACAAAAUUUAAUAAGGACGUGCAAGACGGAAAGUACAUCCUUUUGUAUCCGGACCGGUCAGAGGUGGUCCAUCUGCCUGGAUCCGAAAGGCCAUUCAAAUUGGCCGAGUACAAAAAGGAGCUUGGAAGGCCAUAUGGCAGGAUCACCCUCUUCAUUUGCCUUGAAACUGAUUUUAAAGGAGUAGCGGAUGAUACUUCAGAGUCGGAUUCUGAAAUUGACAUCCCAUCAAGGAGCACAGUCGAAUUUAAUCGAGCUGACACAGUGGUUUUUGAACCCCAAAACCAAAGUACUCCCAGACCUAAACCUAGAGAUGAAAGGGAGGAGAUAGGCACUACACUUCCCUUGAUUAUAGCAAACCUGUCGCUUCUGAUCGACCACAAGAAGGUCAGCAGGUUCAACAUUUCGAGGUCCAAUAUUUGGGCCGGAGCUGUCAGAGGAUUCAAGCGUUCAACGUACUCAGAAGCCUGUGACAUGCUGGUCAGGUUCACAGAUGAUGCUGGAGUUUUUGAGGAGGGCAUUGACACCGGUGGACCGAGAAGGGAGUUUUUGACCCUUCUCAUGAAACUCCUGAAAGACCGGCCUAUUUUUGAUGGUCCAGAAGGUCAUAAGUUCUUGGUCUUCAAUGCGAAUGCCGUUAGGGAGGAUGAGUACUUCCUGGCAGGAAAGAUGGUCGCGGUCUCAAUAGUACAUGGAGGUCCAGGACCCCAUUUCCUGUCAGAGGGUCUUGUUCAGUAUCUUGCGGGCCAGCCCUCAUUCAAAUCACCAGUUAAUUUAAUAACUGAUGAUGAGAUAGGGAAAGCUUUACGAGAGAUUGAGAAUGCUGCGUCAUUGGAUGAUCUGCGAGACAGUAUUUUAAGACACAGCACAAUGUUGCAGACAGCUGGCUGUCUUAGACAUGUGGCUGCUGUCGAACAAAAAAAAGAGAUUGUGGCAGACUACCUCCAUUGGCACGUCAUUGACCGCAACUCCUCUGUAAUUGACAGAUUCAAAGAUGGUCUGUCAGCCCUUGAGUUUCUUGGUGCACUGAAGCAACACCCUGCUUUGCUGACCCCUGUCCUGUGCCACGUCGACAAGAAACUCACUGGCUUAGACCUUGAGAGGGUCUUCAAACCUGAUCUCAGUCCUUCUGGAAGUAACAGAAGACUGAAAGAAAACCAAACAUUGGCCUACUGGGCAGACUAUCUUCUGGAUUGUGAAGGUUUGUAAGGCUUUUUGUAACUACUUGAAAAACCACAUACCAUGGUGUGUCUGAACAUUUAUUUCUUUGCAGAAGGAGAGGCUGCUGUGUCAGUGGAGGACGUGUUGAUGUUUUCAACUGGACUGAGAUCCCUUCCCCCAGCUGGCUUAGACCCACUUCCACAAUUAGAGUUCCUAGAUAACUCGCCAUUUCCAAUGGCAAACACUUGUGGAAAUGUCUUAAAACUACCACUCCUAGAUUCUUACGGAGUGUUUAAGACACAAAUGGACUUUGGAUUACAAAAUAGUCCAGGAUUUGGCUGUUUUUGACUUCACAACCUAACCCUAGAUCCCUGAGACUAGUUUAAUGUUUUUUUUUUUCAGUUAACAUGAAAAAGAAUGGAUCUAAAACGAUUAGCAUUCUUAUUUGUUUAAUUGCCACUUUGGA